AUGUCUGCCCUACCCAGGUCAAUUGCAUCGCGGGUGCUUGCGCCCGCCCUGCGGCCCUCUGCCACCAGAUUCGCCAUCCCUUCGUACCGCGCGUAUUCAACAAACGAGCCCACUCCGCAUGCACACAAGACGAGCCCCGAGGAUGCGCCCGCAGUUAAGCUCACCAGCUCUUCCACUCAGAUUCGCGAGGAGGGUGCUGCUGAAGGAAUGAGGAACCGUCCGGAUUACAACGUUGCUGUCGAUUACCGCGUCUCCAACUUCUCCCCCAUCCCUAAGCGUGUUAUGGAUGGAAGUGAGCCUGGUGAAAGUGUACCCGCCGCUGUUCUCUCAGGUGCCCCAACCGACCUUCAGGCACGCACUGUCCGCAUCUACAAGCCCUCCAAGACAGCCACACAGUCUGGUACCUGGAACGCAUCACACUGGCUUAUGGACUGGGAUGUCCUUCCCAAGGGCCACCGAUGGGAGAACCCGCUCAUGGGCUGGCAGUCAUCUGCCGACUUCAUGAACGGACACAGGAUCGAGUUCAAGUCCAAGGAGGACGCCAUCAACUUUGCCAACAAGCAGGGUUACGAGUACUUUGUCCAGGAGCCCAACAAGCGGAAGUUUGUCCCCAAGGCCUAUGCCAACCUUUUCACUCACAGCCCCAAGAAGCUCAAGAUUGUAUUGACCAAAUAA